AUGCCAUCUGGAGUGGAGGUUAAAGAGGAGAGAGAAUCCACUUUUGUUGACGACCACGGGCCUCCCACACCAAGGGAGCUGCCAUUCCCAAGUCAGGUGAUCUACAACAGGGUUGGCAAGUGUGGAAGUCGGACAGUUGUCCUGCUGCUGAGGAUUUUGGCAGAAAAGCACCAGUUUAACCUGGUGUCCUCUGACAUCCAUAACAAAACCAGACUCACAAAGCAUGAGCAGGUGGAUUUGAUGAGAAACAUUAGCACUAUUCCACAGCCUUUUCUGUACACCAGACAUGUUCACUUUCUCAAUUUCACAAGGUUUAGGAUUGAACAGCCUGUCUACAUAAACAUCAUCAGGGAUCCCAUUAACCGUUUCCUCUCCAAUUACUUUUUUCGUCGUUUUGGGGACUGGAGAGGAGAGCAGAAUCACUUGAUCCGCACACCCCAGAUGAAAGAUGACGAGAGAUAUUUGGACAUUAACGUUUGCAUCAUGGAGAACUACCCGGAGUGCACCAACCCACGCCUCUUUUACAUUGUUCCAUAUUUUUGUGGACAACACCCUCAGUGCAGAGAGCCUGGAGUUUGGGCUUUGGAGAGGGCCAAACAAAACGUUAUAGAGAACUUCCUACUUGUUGGGAUUCUGGAAGAGCUGGAGGAUGUAUUGCUCCUGCUGGAGAGACUCCUACCUCACUACUUUAGUGAUGUCCUAAGCAUCUACAAGAGUCCAACAUUCUGGAAGAUGGGGAACCUUACAGGCACAGUGAAGAAGCACAUGCCGACUAUAGAGGCCCUGCAGGUGCUUUACCAAAGGAUGAAGUACGAGUACGACUUUUACAACUUCAUUCGUGACCAGUUCCAUUUAACCAAGAAGAAGAUCGGCCUCAAGUCCGCCUCCCAGAACUCAGCUCAUGAACCUGACUUCCUCCGUGAGCUUGCCCUCAGGACCCAAGAACCUUUGGAAGAGGAGGAGGAGGAAGAGGAGGAGGAAGAGGAGGACAUGGGGCAAGAGGAUGCCAACAUCUGGAUGGUUCAGCCCUGAGUAUUAGCCAUUGAGGUGUGAUGAGGAGAUCUCAUAAGCUUGAUGUCUAUGUCCAAUCAGGAGGUAGAGUCAACAUUCCCAGGCGAAAAUUGGGUGUGUAAUAGUGAUCCCCGUGUUUUUAACGGGACGGCCCUUCAAGACACUCUCAAGAGGAGCACAGAAGGGUCUGAAUAGUUAUUUAAGGAACUAACAAUUAUGACGACAUUUUUGUUCAUGUUUAUGGAAUUGAGCAGUUGGUUGUGGUCAUUUCCUGGUGAGAUGAUACACGAUUGGAAUUACAGGGAUGUUGUUGGAUUGUCAAAAUGGAGGGAAGAACUAAUUGUGGUAUAGCAGAAUAUGCUGUGGAAGUUUUUAGGCACCUGGAACCUGGGUGACCUCAACCCACACUUUCACACGCAAACACAUUCAGACUACGCAAUAGAGGCAAGUGAAGAUCACAACAAAGUGCCAAACCUGUGAAAAACGUGAAAAGGAUUACUGCACGAUAUAGUUGUAAUCAAAAUAAACAACUCAAAACACCAA